AAUUUUUCUCUCACUAAAGUUCACUCUUGAGAUAGAGUAAGAAAUAUAAUUCGGACUGAGGAGAUUUACCCGGUCUAGGUCAUACUUUGUGUUCUUGUUGUGUGUUUUAUAUUACGGGUCGAGUGUGUCCAGGUCAAACCCGGUUAACCCACCCCGCUAUAUUUACACCAUCAUUUUUGGCGCCACCCGUGGGACCGAUUUUUAAAGUUUUUUCGACCAGGUCAAAACUUUACCCCCACUAAAUAUCCACAAUCAUGUCUUCGGGCAACAACAACACUGUGUCAAGCCAGGCUGCGAGUGAAAGCACUCCUGCCAUCCCACUGAUGAUAACGAGCAUGGGGACGACCUUUGCCCCGAUCACCACUGUAGGAUCGAUUGGCAUGAUCCCGAUCAUGUCGACCCCUACUCCUACACCAACGACAACAAUGUUCCCAGGCUCGAUAACAACACCCGGGGGAGCAUUCUCACCAUACCCGUCAGCUUGGGCUCAAUUUGCUACUGACCCGGCAAAUGCUCAGGUUCUACAGGGCUAUCAACAGGUGAUGACCAUGAUGCAACAGGCAGGGGGCUUCAUGCUAUUUGCCUAUCCUGGCAUGAUGCCACCAACCAUGCCACCCUCGGUGUCGACUCCAUCAACAUUCGUUCCUAGAAUGGUUCCUAUACAUCCGGUGAAUUUGACGGGGACCAUGAAUGAGGCAGCUCCCUCAAAUGUCCAUGAAGUUGACGAGGCGGAACAGGAGGCAGCCCGCAGAGGGAAGGGUAAGGCUAUAGCCAAACCCAGCAAGACCCGAGAUUCGGCGUUCAAACGCCUAGGGGACAAAGAGGAUGGACCCCGCAAGUCUGCCAAGCUACGUCUUGGUCCUGAGAUGGGCCGGACUAGCGCAAUGGAAAGACUUGGUGGGAGUCGUCCUGCCCAAUCUCGUCGUUUUAGGGAAUCUAAGACGAUUCACCUAGAUGAGGAGAAAGCUGAAAGCCAACCCAAUGGAUCGGCAUAUACCAGGCUCUCAUACGAUGAGGAUGACCUGGACAAGAUAGGGAGCAUAGCGAGAAAGCUACGUGCCCUGGAGGAAAAGGUAGAAGAGAAAGCGGGAGCGAAGAAGCACACCCUGUCCAAAUCACCCUUUUCAGCCAGGGUACAUGCACAAAACUUGAGGCGGAAGGUCAAGCUGGACGUGGAGAAAUUCACUGGAAAGGAGGAUCCAAAUGUCCACCUUGACACCUUCCAUAAUGCAGCGCAAAUGGCCGGGUGUACUGAUGCUGAAGAAUGCCUACUCUUCUUCUCAUCCUUGAGAGGGAGGCCAGUGGAAUGGUUUAACAGCCUUCCACAUGGUAAGAUCGGGUCCUUUGAAAAACUUGCUGAGAUUUUUCGCAAGAAGUACGAGGACAACUGCAUCAAAAGGAAGAAGUUCACCUACCUUAACACGGUAGGGCAGAGGGAGAAGGAGUCCUUGACUCAGUUCUUAACUCGCUGGAGGGACGAGGUCGACAAAGUAGAAGAGAUAGACGACAAGACGGCCAUGUCUUUGCUGAUGAAUGCCUUUCGGUCGGGUGACCUCUACACUGAAUUUUGUAGAAGGCCACCCUCCUCUUAUCAAGAAGCUUACAAUACGGCAUGGGAGUACGCGGAGGCGGAGGUCCUAAACAAGAGAAAACGAGAACUGGAAGAAGGUUAUAUGAAGGUCAAGACCGAGAAGCCAAAGGACGACCAUAUGGGAGGGUCCAGGCCAAGGACCACAUAUGAUGGGACGGUCCACCAAAUUAGGAAUGAGAAGAAGGGAGAAUAACCCAAGCGGCCUUGGACAGAGAAGUGGUGUACCUAUCACCAAUCUGACUCCCACGACACGGCAGACUGCCGAAAUGUCAAGGCUGUGCUCAAGGAGAUGACCUUGAAAGGGGAAUUGGAUGAAGUAUUCGUUACCGGGCUUGAGGAAGACCCAUACGCGAGUACUUGAAUCCACCCACAUGAAUAUGAUCAUGGAAGGAAGAGAGGGUGGAUAAGAUGUGGUCAAGAUUACUAAGCUUGCUGUAGACGGAUCAGUCUUGAUGUCUAGGACCUGGAUCGUUGCAUGGGGUGAUAAAAAAAAAAGGAAAAAAAACCCUUGAGAUAGGGGCCUUGAUGUUGAGGUAAACAGAAAGAUUAAUGUGAUCCUGGCGGCAGAUGGGGCGAGAUUGUCGGGAUGGAUGUGACAAGUUUUGAAAUGAUUUAUGAUAUGUCAAUAUUAAAUUCGCUUCCGCAAUAUUGUUAAAUACU